AUGCCACUUCCAAGUUUGGAAGAUGAUGAAGCCCCGGAUCUGCUACCUGGAUUUAUCGAACUUGCGCAAGUAUUCAGUGUUCCUGAUUGCGCUUUCUUUAACAAGUACUCGCUCCGUGGCACGACAGCUGCACUUGAUCCUUUCAGCGAGAGCUUUGACCUAAUGUUCAAAAACGAAUGGAUCCAAGACGUGCAAACCAAGCUCUCUAGGUCGGUCGUUCAGGUGCGCAACCAGUCUCAAAAGGUCAAUAUAUUAAUUUCUCGAACAUGGUUGCAAUCAAUUGCUUGGUUAAUGGCCAAAGAUCGACUUCUUCUAUCGCCUACGAGUGAUCAAGCCAAUUUCUUUGAUCCAAGGUAUCCUAUUCAUAUCGCGAAAGACUUUCUGAUACAGACUAAAGACAUGCCGUACGAGGCAUUUGAAACAAACGGUAGUGGUGUCAUCGUGAAACUAAGCGAAGUCGCCAACGCCUUGCAAACCUUCAUCCGAUUGGCUCCAGGAUCGCCCGAAACAGCUUUAGCAUUAGACGAGCUUGCAUAUAUCCACGGUAUUAUCAUGCGGCAGAACUCCAACAGCUCGCUCGGGCCUCUUAUACACCCUAUCACUGAAACUUUGGAAUCUCGCAGGUUCGGAUUUUAUCGAAAUGGCUGCGACAUUUCUUAUCCAAAAAUAGAGUCUGCAGAUUAUGAAGAGAACGAAAAUGACCAUACACCCGAAAUCAUUGCCUCCAUGCCGGAGAACUUGAAUUUGACACCUCUUUUGAGCGAGUUCGAAUUUCCGAGGUGA